AAAGAACCAGAAGUAUUCUUCGACACUUUCGAGGAUACAGCUACCUCGCUCGAGUGGCCGGCAGAACACUGGGUAAUGCUCAUUAGAAACGGUUUCAAAGGUAAGGCAGCUUAUGUUUCCUCGCAAAUGAUUACUGUUAAGGAUUAUCAGAUCCUUAAGAAAGCUAUUCUAGACGCUUAUUCAAUCACAAUAGAAGGAUAUCGUCAAAGUUUCCGCAAUUCACAAAAAUCUCCAACCCAGACAUUUGUGGAAUUUUGUGAUACUAAAGUUAGACAAUUUCAAAAGUGGAUUGACAAAGCUGGAAUUAAAGAAUUUGAGUCACUUAAAAGUCUGGUAAUCAUGGAAGAGUUUCUUAGAAAAGUGCCAUUUAACAUUGCUAACUAUAUUUUAGAUAAGGAGGAAACUGAUCUCAUGAAAGCAGCUAGUCUGGCAGAUGACUAUUUUCUGCGCCAUAAAUCAUAUAAACCUGCCCAUAAUAAAACUACCUUUUUUUUCAGACAGAUUUUGUACUUACUGUAAGCAGGUAGGAUAUCCCAUUGAAAAGUGCCCAGAUCCUCAGUGUAGAAAGUCUGAAGUCAAAGAACAUAAGCCUGGUAAAAAACAGGAUUCCAAGAAAACGAUGCAUGUGACCGUCCCUACUCCGGAUUUAGAUUCCUUCAAACCUUACACAUGCCAAGGUUCAGUAAAUGGGAAACCUGUCGUUUGUCUUCGUGAUACAGGAUCGUCUCAAACUAUUAUCAACCUACCACCACAGGAGCUGACAAUGAAGCAAGAAUAUGUUGCUGUAACGGACUUGACAUCGACCAAGACUCUACCCUUGGCUGAGGUAACACUUCAGUGCCCCUACUACACAGGUAAAGCUUCUGUUGCUGUGUCUAAUAAACCCUUGCCACAUCCAUCAAUACAGGUACUAAUAGGUAAUGACCUUGCAGGGGCCAAUGCUUUGAAUUUAGUAGUAACAGAUCCAGAUGUCAUUCUGAAACAAAAACUUAAAGUAAAUGAAAAUAAAAUUGUUCAAUCUGUAUCAAAAGUUCCAAAGAAAAAUAAAACUCUUGAAACAUCUAAAGUAGAGAAGGCUUUGGAAUUAGUAAAUUUAAGCAAAGUAAAGUUUCAGCAGUUACAGAGUAAUGAUCCUAGCCUUACGACAUACUGGAAAAGAGUAGAAAAUCCAUCAGAUAACCCCAAGACUCCUUAUUUUUAUACUGAUCACGGCUUACUCUUCAGGCAUUUUAGAUCUUCCAAAGCACCAGUAACUUCCACGUGGCAUGACUGUCACCAGCUUGUCUUACCAGCAACCCUUGUACCACCACUUCUAGAUUUGGCUCACACCUCUGAAUCCCAUCUAGGAGUUAAUAAAACCUAUCACAGAGUUUCACAGGACUUCUUCUGGCCAGGUAUAAAGAAAGAUAUUAAGGAGUACAUAAUGUCCUGUCAUCAAUGCCAGGUCACAGACAAAUGGAGCUCUUGAAAGGGUACACCAGACCAUAAAAAAUCUUCUACGUAAAUACAUGGAGGAGACUGCCCAAUCAUGGGAUGAAAAUUUAGACCUCCUCAUGUAUAUGCUACGCAGUGUACCUAAUGAUUCGACUGGUGUAUCACCCUUCGAACUUAUGUUUGGCAGGAAACCACGAACAACGCUAAGUAUGGUGAAAGAAAAUUUCAUUCAUAAUAAGGAGGAGGAUACUACCACCCUGUUAGCUUAUAUGAAAGAACUGAAAGAAAAGUUCCUUUCCAUGUAUAAUUUUGCUUAUGAAAAUCUUUUG